AUGCAUCGGCUUGUUGUCCCCAAAUUAUCUCCUACGCAUCGAUUUGCAUGCCUAGCACUCUAUCGAGCGCUCCUUCGACGAUGUAACGACUUACAACGAACCGCGCCUGGGCUCGUCUCGUCGCAAUCGCACAUUCAAGAACGGUUUCGCAAAUACAAAAAACUUCAAAGUCCUUCUCAGACAGCAAAUGCGCUUAAAGCCGGGUACGAGGCUCUUGACCUUCUAUACUCGGCGUCGCAAGGGAAUAAGCAUGACUCUAGUCUGAUAAGCACCAUACUUUCCGAAGCACAUCUUGCGAAACAACGCAAAAGGAAACUCCAAUCUGUGUUAUCCGAGCUGCGACCCGUGCAGCCCCCAUCACAGAAGCAAAUCAAGAAAGAGAAAAACCGACGAUUUCAGGAACUUACUGUUCGGCCGCAUCCGGAUGCGACGCCUAUAUUGUCACGACCUCGACCUGUUGUGAGCGGUCGGCGCCGUAUUCCUGUCCUCGUCAACGCCUGCGGCAUUCCAUUCUUGCGCAUCAAAAAACCACAGCCACAAAGCAUCAGCCGCGUCAUAAGAACAAAAAUAAAUAAUCGACAGCGUUUAGCUGAUUGCCGACAAAUGUUGGAGCCGGAGAUUCUAUUUGCGAAGGAUGAAGAUAAUUGGGACUCACUCACGACCGGCGAAGAGGCGGAAUCUUGGGCUAGCGAGUGUGAAGCCACCUCAAAGGAAAUUGACCAUAAGCUCCGCAACGACACCAUUGAAAACAUAAGGGUCGCGGACGCCAUGUGGGAAAUUGUACUUGCAGAGCGCAAGUUAGCUGAAGAAGAGAAACAGAAGGCCGAAAAAGAGAAGCGAUUGACUGAAACAUGA